AUGGAACUUGAACUUGGUCUUGCCCCUCCAACCCAGAGUCGUCCCAUGGUAGGUUUCGAUCUCAACAAUGUUUUCAAACCAAAUGAAAUGGUGAGAAAUGGUUGCUCUUUGGAAAUCAAACACUAUGUGAAAGACAAGAACACUUCUGCAGAGGCUUUUGAACAGGAGCGAAUUGAAACCGAAACUUCAUCUGUACUGAUGUGGAAUGGCCAACCAAACGAGGAAGAUGAUGAAAGGAGACAAAAGAGGAGAAGAUCUAACACCAUCAUCAAGAGAAGUGGAGAAGAAGAUCAUCAUCUGAUGGGGUGGCCACCUAUUAAGUCAUGGAGGGGAAAACUAUAUGAUGGACACCAAGGUUGUCGGAUCGCAACCCACUGGACGACCGAGAGGGGAAGUAACAGAACAAACUCCACGUAUAUUAAGGUGAAGAUGGAAGGAGUGGCCAUAGGAAGAAAGAUAGACCUACAGCUCCAUCAUUCUUAUCAGACCCUUGCAAACUCCUUAAUCAACAUGUUUGUUAAAAGUAAGUGA